UCCUUUCGACUUUUUGACUUUUUGUAUUUCUAUUUUUGUAACUACUUUACAGUUUACCUUCUCCAACGUCCAAGUAACUUAGUUCUGCUGGUCCUAUUCGAAUGGUCGUGCUCAGAUCGCAAAUAUGUCAACGUGGCUAGGAUUAUGUGGUGAGAGAAUAACGGAUACAGUAGAUGGAUACUGGUGCAAUAAACUUGGAGGAUCUCCAAACUGGAUAACUGGAAUAUCAGCUGAGUAUGGCCAUUGUCCAGUUUGCAGCAACAACAGUAUGGAGCUGGUAGUACAAUUGUACGCGCCCCUUGAAUCCUCAGUAUACCACAGGACUCUGUACAUUCUAGCCUGUGGCGGAAAAUGCAGAGGUAGGCCAUCUAGUUGGCGAGUUCUACGCUGCCAGUCUGUGGACGAGUCUUCUAACGGGGAAACUACAUCAUGCCUGGAAAGCAACCUGGAUACUGCUGCGCCAACAGCUUCCCUAGAUAAUGGUGCUGACGACUGGGGAGUUGACCAAGAUGAUUGGGGUGAUUCUGGCGGAGGUGAUACAUUCGACUUCAGCAGUCCUGUAAAUCCGAUGGCCGCGCCGAGAACAACAGCACGGGCUACGUGUGCUCAGCCGACACAACAUUUCACACGCAAUGGCCAAUCGUCAGAAGCAGCGCCAGUGGCUACAGUAGCUACAAGUGCAUGGACAUCUGAGAACAGCUUUGUCUCGUACUAUAUCGAUGUAAUGGAAGAGCCUGUCGUGGAUAAAAAAUCUCAAAACUUCAGCCACGAGCUGGAGCUUCUAGCACAGUACGAGGAGACUGAAGGAGUAUCACUCAAGUCCCUGUCCAGUGGUAAAUCAUCAUCUUCAGCAUCAGCAGCCGGUGGCGGCGGCAAUGAGGAAUAUGAGAAGAGUAAGGCGAAACAUGGUGAUGACGCUUUUCGAAAAUUUCAUAAAAUUCUUGCUCGCAACGCGGCGCAGUGCUUGCGUUACCGCUGGCUACUGACGCCGCUCGAGUUCACCGAUUCUCAACCACUACCACAGGAGGUGCAGUGCUCGCACUGCGGAGCGCGGGCGCACGCCGAAGUGCAGCUGAUGCCGCCGGCUCUAGCACACCUUAGCUCCGAGGGCAGCCGCUCGUCUCUCGCCAGGACAGCAGCAGCCGCUGAAUGUUCGGCUGGCAGUCGCUUGGAGUUUGGCACGGUUGUGGUGUACACGUGCAGCGAAAGCUGCUGGUCAGACUCGUGCACUGUAAGAACUGAACGCUGUGUUGUCCUACUGGAUCCUGAUCAAGAGAAGCUAGAUUUUUUGAUCAGAAAAACCGAUCAAAAUCAGUGCCCUGUGAGUAACACUCAAAAGACGUGACACUCUUGCAACAUACCCCACGUCAUGCUCAUAUACACUACUACAUGUUGUUAGUUUGACAGCAUGAAAACAAGGUUUAUCUAAUACUAGUAUUAUUGUACUAGUAUUGGGUUAUAUAAUACAAUA